AUGGUCUCGCAACUACCUCCCAAGAAGUGUGGCGUCCUCGGCGCCACCGGCUCCGUCGGCCAGCGCUUCAUCCUGCUCCUCGCCAAGCACCCCUCGCUCGUGCUGCACGCUAUUGGCGCCUCGUCGCGCUCCGCCGGCAAGCCCUACAAGGACGCCGUCCGCUGGAAGCAGGCCACGCCCAUGGGCAAGGUCGCCGACAUGGUGGUGCGCGAGUGCACGGCGAGCGAGUUCGCCGACUGCGACGUUGUCUUUUCCGGCCUCGACUCUGACGUGGCCGGCGACAUUGAGAUGCAGUUUCUCAAGGCCGAAAUCCCCGUCUUCUCCAACGCCAAAAACUACCGCCGCGACCCGCUCGUGCCCCUCGUCGUGCCGACCGUCAACCUCCCCCAUCUCGACCUCAUCCCGCACCAGCGGGCCGUGCACAAGCUUACCAAGGGCUUCCUAGUGUGCAACUCCAACUGCGCCGUCAUCGGUCUCGUCAUCCCUUUCGCCGCGCUGCAGGCCGCCUUUGGCCCCAUUGACGUCGUCAGCAUUGUCACGCUGCAGGCCGUCUCCGGCGCCGGCUACCCGGGCGUCUCGUCCAUGGACGUGCUCGACAACGUCGUGCCCUACAUCCAGGGCGAGGAGGACAAGCUCGAGACGGAGGCGCGCAAGAUUCUCGGCGGCCUCGAUGCCGCCCGCACCGCGUUUGUCGAGCAGGACGGCCUGCGCGUCUCGGCCGCGUGCAACCGCGUACCCGUCCUCGACGGCCACACGGCGUGCGUCAGCCUCUCGUUUAAGAAUCGGCCCGCGCCGUCGGCCGAGGCAGUCAAGAAGGCGCUGCGUGAAUAUACGUGCGAGGCGCAGGCCCUGGGCUGCCCGUCGGCGCCGGAACCCCCGAUUAUGGUGUUUGACGAGCCGGACCGCCCGCAGCCCCGUCUUGACCGAGAUCUGGGUAAUGGGUAUACCGUCAGCGUCGGUCGCGUGCGCGAGGACGAGAGCGGCAUCUUUGAUCUCAAGUUUGUUGCUCUGAGCCACAACACCGUCAUUGGAGCUGCUGGCUCAUCCAUUCUAAAUGCCGAGGCCGCCAUCCUCAAGGGCUACAUUUAG